AUGGAUCACCAGCCAGAGGCUUCGUCCUCGACUGGCGCUCCUCCCAUCGUCCACACGGCCACCCUCGUAUUCGACUCGGGUCUCUCAAGAGAACGCUUCUCGGACCUCAUCGGCCCAAACGGAUCCGUCCCAAAAGUCGUUCAACGCCUCACUGAGAAGUAUGGCGGCGAGCAGGCGGUUCGCAUCGGCCUCGUCAUCACUGCCCAAGAUGCCCCGUAUCACAAUCCCCGGGCGCUCCAUUCGCUGAUCCCCGCCUAUCGUCAAGACUUCCGACGACCGUCAUCAUUCAUCACAUCCUUACCCUCCCUCCUCAGACGAUUCACGCCACAGGCCGCCCUCGCCCGACCAAAACCGGGGUCCCUCUUGUCAGACGUAUGGGACAUUGAGGAUGGUGCCGGACUCUCCAUCACUUCGUCGGAGCCAGGUCCCAGCGACCACUUCCUGAGCGGUAUUGUUGGAGGAAUCGAGCUUCUCGAUCACCAGGCGCAUCUCAACUUUGUGCCUCCGCCAAACGCCCUGCGGCAAGUGAGCCCCGACUCCGCUCUACCCAUGCUCUCGAUGAUGUACCGCGCCCAGGGAGGAGCCGAGGAGCGACAGCAGCACUUGCUUGUCUUCACCGAGAAGGCGUCGCUCCAGGCUACGGAAUCCGACGCCCGGCAGCCGCACGCGUGGGCUCGGACCGACACAAGCGCCGAUUAUGACGACUUCAACUGGGACAACAUUGGUGAAAAGUGCAAGGAGAAGGACAUUGCUUGCUCGGCGAUCAUUGUGGGUUCUCCUGAAGCAUCCCAGACUGUGUCGACUCCAGGACGAGACGGCAGCCAGAGUGUUGAGCGGCUUCGGAAGAUGUGCCAAGCUAGCUCAUCAGAACCUCCGAGUGACCCGUGGUUUCCGUUGCCGCCCGACUCUGUCGCCGUUCUCACUGGCUUGACCAUCGUCAAACCGACGUCGCCACCAGCAGGUGUGGCUACGAACGGUGCGCCCGUUCCUCAGAAGCAAGGCUCGCAGGAUCCGUCGACACCUCAGACACCUUCGGAGGCGCAGAUCAAGUACCAGCAGGCGCAAAAGCAGGCCCUGGCGUACAAGAUGGCUGUCGCCGCCGCGCAGGCUGGUGGCGGUGGUGGACCCGCCCUGCAGGCGCUCGCAAGCCUGAUACAGAGCGGACGUCUGGACCCCACCGUCAUGGCGCAGCUGAUCGCGAACAUGAAGCACGAGGACCCGGCCACCCGCCACAAGGCCAUGCAGCAGCUCAGCAGCUUGGUGCAGUCGAGGAACCUGAACAACGGCAACAUGAACGCGGCCACGCAGGCGCUGAACAACAUGAACGGCAAUCAGGGCCCGUCGAACGGCCCGUCACUCCAGCAGCAGCAGUUCCUCGCAGCCAUGCAAGCUCGCCAGCAGCAACAACAGCAGCAGCAGAACGCGCAGGCCGGCAACAACCAAAACAACGCUUCCCAGGCAAGCACCCAGCCGCAACCGCCACAGCAGCAACAACAGCAGCCCCAACAGCAACAGCAGCAGCAACAGCCGAGCCAGCAACAACCGCAGAUGCCGGGCGCCCGGCCACCAGGCGACAACAAGCCGACACCACAGCAGCAGCAACAGCAAUUGCUCCAGCAGCAGCAGCAAAUGCUCGCUUUGCAGAACCUGGCCUCACAGCAAAACGCCGGCAACAACAGUGGCAACGUGACGAACAACCCCGCUGGACCAGGCACCGCCGUGCCGCCGCGACCAAACCGGGUGUGGCAGGGUUCCAUCAGCUGGACAAUGAAGGGUUCGGACAACAAGCCUCAGAAAUGGGUCAUUCCGGUCGAUUGCACGCUCCUCUCCCCGCAGGUCAACCCCAACGACCUGCACGUCAACACGUGGCCGUCGACGUUGGAGAUGUCCGGCAUGUCCGGAAUGAACAUGGCCGAGCUGCAGUCGUACGUGAAGGCGCACCAGGCGCCGUGCGUGCUGUUCACGGUGAACCAGGCUGCGGACGCGCAGGCGCGCGGAAAGAUUCAGUAUCUCACGAUGAUGCUGGGAGCGAAGAACCUGUGCGCGUUCAUCCGCUUCGGUGCGCCGGGGUGCGGCAUCCUUCUGAUCUCGUCAAACGGAUCGCAGCAGCAGCCGAACCCGAGUGGCGAGAAGAUUUACCGGCUUCUCGGCGUUGUGUGCCUCAAGGUUCCGUUCCUGCCUGGCAACAACAUGUUGAACCCGAUGGCGAACCAGGCCCAGCUUGGUGGCCAGCAGAACCAGCAGAACCCACAGGCGGCACAGCAGGCGGCAGCACAGGCUCAGGCGGCCGUCAACGGAGCUCGGCCGGGACAGGUCCCGAUCAACGGCCCUCCGGGACAGUUCUCGAUCUCGCCCCAGUUCCUGCAGCAGGCCCAACUGCAAGCCGCUCAGUUACAGCAGCAGCAGCAACAGGGCACGCCUCAGACGCAAGCGCGCACGCCGCAGAACCUCUCGACCCCGCAACCGCAACAGACGACCCCGCAGCAGCAGUCGACGCCGCGCGUGCCGAACCCGGCGCUCGGCAAUGCCCUUGGGAACAAUGCCCUCAACGCGAACGCCCUGCAGCAGUUUGCCAACCAGCCGAACGUCAACACGAUUCAGCAGCUGCAGCUGCGCCAGCUGCAAGCUCAAGCGCAGGCCCAGGCGCAGGGACAGGGCGCGCAGAACCUGCAGAACAUGGCGCGGCCAGCUCUGCAGUUCACGCCGCAGCAGCGUGCAGGCAUCAUCAAGAUUAUGCGCGAUGCGGGCCUGAAUGUGAGCGACUCGUUCGAUCCGGCUUCGAUUCCGAAGGAGCAGCUGGCGGCGUUCAUCAACAGCGCACGCGAGCGCGGCAAGGCCGCCCAGGCGCAGCAGGCACAGGCAGCGCAUCAGGCGGCGGCGAGCAAGCUGCAGGGUCAGCAGGGCAACGUCCCCAUCAACGGGCAGGGCCUGGGCUCCAACGUCAACAUGGGCAACCUCGGGGGCUUGAACCUGGGCAAUGUCGGCGGCAAUGUUGGCAACGUCGGCAACCUGAAUUUAGGGUCGAAUGUGGGCGUCAGCGGCCUGCAGCUGGGCAACAUGCCGUUCAACAUGCUGCCCAACACGGGCAAUGACGGGCAGCAGGGCCAGCAAGGUCAACAGGGACAGCAGGGGCUGCAGCUUGGGCAGUUUGCGGGCCUGCAGCAGUUCCAGCAGCAGCAGGGACAGCAGCAGAACCAGAACAACCCCCAGAACUCGGCCCUCGGCCUCUUCGCACAGGGCCAGCAAGGCAUGCAGGGCGGUGUCAACCCGCAACUGCCGCUUGGGCUGUUUCAGCAUCAGUAA